AGUUCAUCUGGAGUUUGUAGAAGUCGGUCCUACUCCCAGCCAUUUAGCCUCAUGUCUAAAAGUUCCCUGGGAGCAGUGGGAGAGGAGGUGGGGCUUAAGGGCCAGGCACAGAGCAAUGGUCCUCCUGGGAGUAACUGUGUAUAUAAUGGGUUGGACAGGGAACUGGUCCAGAGGAGAAGGAGUGGCUGAGUAGCUUGUGCCUUCUUUUCUGACACUUGUGGAGAUCCGCUGCAGAGCACACAAUGUCUCAGCCCGACGACCAGCUGGAAAAGCAGAAUCGGCCAGUGAUGAGGGAAGAGGACUUGAUUGGAGCCCGUGAGACUCUGGGGUCAAAGGGUCCACUGAGGAGCAAGACUUUUGAAGUCAUGGAUGAGUGUGAGCGGGCUGGCAAAGCUGCGCCCUCCGUCUUCAGUGGCGUGCGGUCCGGAGCGGAGACCGCCUUCCAGAAGCCGCCCGCUCAUAGCAAGAAGACUUGAUCGAGGGAUGUGAACAUUGUUGCAACAAUCUUGGAAAUCGAAAAACAAGUGGAUUUAACCAUUUCCCUUCUUUGUUUUCUGAUUGAUUCUUUUUUUUUUUUGAUCCAGCCGAUUCAGUAUAACCUAUAAUUAUUACUUUUUGCAUUUGCUCACAGCGAAGUUUUAUGAACCUGUUCCCAUUACGUAUCAUCCCCAAGGGCACUGCAGCGAUGAGCUUUAACGGGGUCUGAGGCUGCUAAUGUAAGGUGUAAGUAAGGUGUAAGUCCGCCCUCUUUCCCUAUAAGGAGUGGUUUCGCGCAAAGCCAUGUUCACUCUUUACCUGAACUACUUGCACACAUACAAAAGAAAAGAGCGAAGCAAACAAAAAUGGCUUUUGAUUCACUGUUUACAUUACGAGUGAAACAUUUGUUAUUAGUUUUAUGACCGCUAACCCCAGUGUUGCCAACUGUCAUGCACCAGGCGUGCCACUCACGCUUUCAGUCUUUCACGGUCGUGUAAGAAAUCUGUAUUUUUCCAUUAUAAACAUAAAAUUAGCUACAUCAAAUAGAUUGGGAUAGUUUUGCAAACGUAACCGACUAUUUACAAGGUAAUGAAACUGUUACAUACGUGUAAAUGUGUCUGCACACUUGUUUCGAACUGAAAAUCUCACGCCAGACACCAUUUUAACCUGCUAUGUGUACAGUUGCUUAUUUUUGUUUCACAUUAUGUAUAGAUUGAAACAUAGAGUGUACUGAACCACUGUUUACACAAUCUUGUUUCGUGAAUAAAUGUUUAAAUAUAGUGAUGCGUAACCGGUAUGUUUGUUGGCAAUUACUGUGGAGUAAGCACUAGUCUGAUAACGAUCAACCAGUGUUUUUUAAUCACAGUUAAGAAUCCAGAGCUGUAACAGUGUGCUGAAGUCGGUGGAACGCUAGAGGGCAGAGUGGAGCUGCAAUGAAUGAGCCAGCAUGUACUAAUCUUUGGGCUGUUAUGGGUCUUAUUCGGCAUUUACUGUUCCAGGAUCGGAUUUAUAAUAAUGUUGUUAUGAUGGUCAUGUGUAAACCUAUUCUGUUAUAAUGAUCCAUACAUGGUUAUUACCAUGUUUGUUAAUGAUUAUAAAACAUUUCUGAGAUUGCAUACUAAAUUCUUGCCACAAUUGAUUUUAUCCUCAUUGCACAAGCUUUAAACAGAAAUGAUGUCAACACGUUAGUAGAAAUUCUCCAUUUUAUUACCUUAAAUUCCAACAGUGUGUUUGUGUUACAUGAGCAUUGCAUGAUGCCCAAGAUGUCAAACACCUUGUACCUUAAUAAAUUUAAUUACUUAAAUUUAAUCAAA